CCCCUUUCUCCUGUUUGCAUUUUUGGCAGCCAUCUUCCUUCGGACGUUGCCAGCAUUGACCCAGUCGAACAUGUCUCGAACCUCGCCCGACUCUGACAACAAGUUCACGUCGAGAGAUGCGUCUCUCGACAAGAUGAAGCUGGAAGGGGCCACGUCCCACGUCGAACAAAGCGACCCGAGCAGCAACCGCGACUUUGACGACUCCAUCGAGGACACCGAGCCUUCCAGGGCUGUGUGGCUCAUCACCUUCACCGUGGCAAUGGGCGGUUUCCUGUUCGGUAUGAAAGCCUCCGCCGUCCAAACCGCGAAUUUGCGGACCUCCCAACUCCGUGAAACGUUGGAAGAAGCUUGCCUUGCUGACGACUUCCCAGGCUACGACACGGGCGUCAUCUCGGCCGUCCUCGUCAGCCUGAAAGAUGACCUGGGCCACGAGCUCGACUCCCACGAACAGGAGCUCAUCACGUCCAUCACCUCGGGCGGCGCGCUGCUCGGCGCCCUGAUAGCCGGCUUACCUGCCGACAGAUACGGGCGGAAGCUGGGAAUCUACCUCGGGUGCCUGCUCUUCCUAAUCGGCACCAUCAUCCAGGCGGCGGCCUUCUCCGUCGCCCAGAUGACCGUCGGGCGUCUCAUUGUCGGCCUGGGAGUCGGUUCCGCCGCCAUGAUUAUCCCUCUAUACAUCGGAGAACUGGCCCCGGCCAAGCACCGCGGCCGCAUGAUCGCGUUCGACAACAUGAGCGUCACCUUUGGCCAGCUCGUCUCGUACGCCCUGGGCGCCGGCUUCACCGAGGUCCCCCACGGAUGGCGCUACAUGGUCGCCGUCGGCGGCGUGCCCCCUAUCGUCCUCGCGUUCCUCCUGCCCAAGUGUCCCGAGUCCCCGCGGCAGCUCAUAUCCCACGGCAAGCUCGAGGAGGCCGCGCGCGUCAUCAAGAGGGUAUACCCGCACGCCACUGAGGAUCAGGUCGCCGCCAAGGUAGGCCACAUGGCGUACACCGUCGAGGUCGAGACACAGGUCACCUCGGGCUCGCUGUGGGAUCGCUUCAAGGAGCUGCACGUCGUGCCGUCCAACUUCCGGGCUCUGGUCUGCGCCUGCGCCAUCAUGGCUAUCUCCCAACUCGGCGGUUUCAACACGUUGAUGUACUACUCGGCGACCCUGUUUGGUCUCGUCGGCUUCAACAAGCCCGUUGCCGUCUCCAUCGUCGUCGGCGCAACCAACUUUGUCUUCUCGCUCGUCAACCUGUUCAUCAUCGACAGGGUUGGUAGGAGACGGAUCCUCCUUAUUACCGUUGCCGGAAUGUCCGUCAGUAUGGUCGUGGCCGCCGUUGCGUUCCACUGGAUCCCCGUCUCCCCAGACCUCAAGCUCCAGACGGGCUCGGUGAACUGGGCAGGCAUCCUCGUGCUCGUCACCAUCAUCGUGUACGUCGCCUGCUUCGCCGGCGGUGUCGCCACUAUCGCCUGGGUCGGCACGGAGCUCCUCCCGCUCGAGGUCCGCGCCCUCGGCACCAUGAUGAACACCGUCGUCUGCUGGGGCUGCAACAUCAUCAUCGCCUCGACCUUCCUGUCCAUGAUGAAGGGCAUGACGCCGAGCGGCGCCUUCGGCUUCUACGCGGGCAUCUGCUUCUUCGGCUGGGUCUUCUGCAUCUUCUGCUAUCCCGAGGCCAACGGUCUCCCGCUCGAGGACGUGCGGCAGAUUUUCGCCACCGGUUUCGGCGUCAAGAAGGCGAAUGAGUUGCAGAGGCUCCGAAAGAUGACAGGAGGCUCGGCGUAGUCUUUCUGUUU